AUGAAAAAUAAUUAUAAAUGUAUUUAUCUUAAUGAUGAUGAUUUUUUAUCAUUACCUUCCUUUUUGACAUAUAAGCAUUUGAACACAUACAGAUAUCACUUGUAUGUUGACAAUGAUGACAACUGUGAAAAUUUAAAAAAUCAGCUAAGCAAUUAUCAAGAAAUUGAGAAUUUUUGUAUGAGGCUUACUGGGAUUUUAAGUAAACAUGAUGAAUUUUCUACUUAUGGAAUACCUGAUAAUGAUAGAUGUAAAAUUGUUAACUAUUGGAUGUACGAUUUCGCGUUUGAUAAAAUAAUUAAAGGCGACGAUUCAGUGAAAUUAGCUCAUUUUAUUGAUAAAAUUUCUGAUUACUGGAAUAAUACAUUGAAUAUGAAAAAAUGUGGUUUUAUUAAAGGCUUCGCUAAUAAAAAUGAUUUUUAUAAAACAAAAAGGCUGUAUGAUUAUUCUGUGGACUUAAAAACGAUUGAGCAUAAAUUAAAGGCUAACAAUAAUAUGUUAUGUAGUAAAAAAUAUAGUGAAUAUAUAAAUAAAGGAAACACAGAAUAUAACGAAGCAAAAAUUAUAUGUACUAAAAACGAUGGAUUAUACUGCAAGAAUUAUAAUGAUAUGAAGAAUUAUUUUAAAGAUUAUGAUAUAUCUAAAUUAUUGUGCAAAGAAAUCAGUGAGAAUGAAACUGUUCCAGGUGAUAUUUCAGAUACUUCAGGUAAAGUAAUAUCAGGAAAGUCAGGAGAUGAUCCUACAUUAAGUUCUACUGUAAAGAGAAAAUUGUUAUCAACUGCUCGUAUAAUAUUAGCAACUGUUUUACCAUUUUUAGUAUUUUCAUUCAUUCUUUUAAUUUUUUGUAAUAAAACAACAUUUAUAUCUUUAAUACGUAAAUAUUUACAAAAAAAAAGAUUAAAUAUUUUUUUCAAAGGUGAAGAAGCACAAUCCAAUAUAUUCGGAGAUGUAUUUGAAUACUUCAACGUAAUAAACAAAUAUACUGAGCAUCAUAUAGGUUACUAUCCCUCGUAUAAGAGGAAAUAA